ACCACAGACUAGUCCCAGCGUAGACAUGCUUUUCGUCAGCGGGACCCUUGAGGAGCCAGCCAGGAAGCGACUAAUACAGCACAGCAGGUAAUGGUUGUAGGAUGUCUGAACCAAGGCAGCGCUCUCUGUCCACCUCAGGGGAGUCUCUGUAUCAAGUUCUGGGGCUAGAGAAAGGCUGUAACCAUGAUGACAUCAAGAAGUCCUACAGGAAAUUAGCUCUGAGGUACCACCCGGACAAGAACCCUGACAACCCAGAGACGGCAGAGAAAUUCAAGGAGCUCAACAGCGCCAAUUCCAUUCUGUCAGACGUCACAAAGAGAAACAUCUAUGACAGCUACGGCUCCCUUGGCCUUUACGUGGCCCAGCAGUUUGGAGAGGAGAAUGUCAACACCUACUUCAUGCUGUCUACCUGGUGGGCUAAGGGUCUCUUUGCCUUGUGUGGCGUGAUAACGGGGUGCUACUGCUGCUGCUGCCUGUGCUGCUGCUGUAACUGCUGCUGUGGGAAGCUGAAGCCCAUGCACCCCGCAGAGGGAACAGACAGCUUUGUCUCCCCUGAAGACCUGGAGGAGGAGAUCCAGUACGACAUGGAGACUGAUGUGGACACUCCGGUUGUGCACCAGCCAACUAAUUCCAGUGAGAAGACACAGUUGAUUGGGGAUGGRCACCGAAGCUACACCUGAACUUGGAUGUCUAUAAACAGUAGCGGCACUAGACUACAUAAACACUACACAGCCUAUUUCUAUGUCAAUGGCUGUUCCCACACUCAAACCCAAUUSCAUUGUCUGGAAAUCAGUGCUUUUGGUUCUUUUUAUUCACUUUUCUUGAUUUCAGUUUUGGGGUUUUCAUUGGAUGUAGUUGAUGUCAUUGUUCCCCUGSAAAACCAAUCCACCAUCUCCAUUCACUGAACUAAACACUCUGGAGUGCAUUGGUUUGACUUGUCACCUACAGUACACUACAGACAGCUCAGUGUGGAAAGAUUACGUGUAUGUAUAAAACACAACUAAAGUAUUUGGUCGAAAUUAAAUGUAUGAUUUUAUCUAUCUAUACAGUCAACAUGAAAUGGUAUCUGAUUAUUUUGGUAUGAGUGUGGUAUAUAUU